AUGAAAAAUUCAGAGUAAAACUUUUUUCUCUCUUCAGCUUUCGUGAUCGGAGCUUCUACCUACCCAUGUCGUUUAACCCGAGUAACAGGAUGGACCCACAGGCGGCGGCGGAGAGGGCGGUUUCCGUCAUCGGAUUCGGCUACGACUUGACCGCCGAUAUCCGGUUGUCAGCUUGCAAGCCCGGCCCGUCCGGGUCGGGGCUGAUCGAAAUUCAACGGAGCUCCACUAGGGACUUGGUUCUGCCCGCCGGCGUUGUAGUCCCUAGCGUCUCCACCUCCAUCAAGUGCGAUAAGGGCGAACGCACACGGUUUCGCUCCGAUGCUCUUUCUUUUAGUCAGAUGUCAGAGCAGUUCAACCAGGAACUAGCUUUAUCUGGUAAAAUACCUUCUGGUCUAUAUAAUGCAAUGUUUGGUCACAAGGGGUGCUGGCAAAAGGAUGCAGCAAGCACAAAACUUCUUGCUUUUGAUGGUUGGUUCAUUUCCUUGUAUAAUGUUGAGUUGGUGCGGAGCCAAGUUGCUCUAUCUGAGCAAUUGAAAAGAGAAGUUCCUUCUUCUUGGGAUCCUCCUGCCCUUGCUGAAUUCAUUGAAAAAUAUGGAACCCAUGUUAUUGUUGGGGUAAAGAUGGGAGGAAAGGAUGUAAUUCACAUAAAGCAGCUUCACAAUUCAAAUCUUGAGCCGACUGAAGUGCAGAAAUUGUUAAAACAAUUAGCCGAUGAAAGGUUUUCAAAUGAUGUAAAUGGGAGCUUGAUAUCAAAUACCAAUACAUCUACAGGAAAACUCAAGGCUGAAAAAUCUAUGCUAUGGGAUGCUAGUUUACCAGUUGCACGUUCCAUGGUACCAACUAUCACAUCACACUCAAAGAAUGAAGAUAUAAUAAGCAUUCAUAUCCGUCGGGGAGGCGUUGACUUUGGCCAAAGUCAUAGCCAGUGGCUUUCUACAGUAUCAGAGAAUCCUAAUGUCAUAUCCAUGUCCUUUGUGCCUAUUGCUUCACUUUUAAGUGGUGUUCGGGGUAGUGGAUUCUUAAGCCAUGCAAUGAACUUGUACCUCCGAUACAAACCACCACUAGAAGAACUCCAACAAUUUCUGGAAUUUCAGUUACCUCGACAGUGGGCCCCAGCAUAUGGUGAUCUUCCUCUUGGUCAUCGUCGCAGGAAACAGAGCUCUCCAUCAUUGCAAUUCACUUUUAUGGGCCCAAAGCUAUUUGUAAAUACCGAGAAGGUUGAGUCUGGAAACCGACCAGUAACUGGAAUUCGCUUAUACCUGGAAGGUAAAAGGAGCGAUCACCUAGCUAUCCACCUACAGCAUUUGUCAACCCUUCCACAAAGUCUGCAACUAACAGAUGAUCUCACCUAUGAGCCCGUUGAUGAGCAUGUUGAACGAGGCUAUUUUGAACCGGUGAAAUGGAGCAUAUUUUCACAUGUUUGCACAGCUCCAAUUGAGUGCCAUGGAACCCGGAUAGAUGAUUUUGCUUCAAUAGCGACCAAGGCCUGGUUUGAGGUGAAGGCUAUUGGCAUGAAGAAGGUCCUAUUCCUGAGGCUUGGAUUCUCGAUGGUGGCAUCUGCUACUAUCCGCAGGUCAGAGUGGGACGAACCAAUGAGUUCAACUCGCAAAUCAGGGCUGAUAUCUAUGCUGAUCACCACGCCUCUCAGCACAAAGCUAACACAACCUGAGAAACAACCGGCAAAAGUGGAUUUGAACUCGGCUGUUUACCCCGCGGGGCCACCUAUGCCAGCAAGACCUCCAAAGAUGUCACACUUUGUGGAUACAAAAGAAAUGGUGAGAGGCCCCGAGGAGUCACCAGGAUACUGGGUGGUGACUGGUGCAAGGCUCUUCGUCGAGGACAGCAGGAUAAGAAUCAAAGUGAAGUAUUCACUGCUGACCAUAAUGUCAGAGGACUCAUUCUUGAUAUGAGACAUCCAAGCCAGGUUAGAUUGCUGCAUCAUACCGUGUUACUUUCUACAUUUCAUCAUGUACUAUAAACCAAACAUUUGUUACUGGGGAGUGGGGAGAGAUUGCAUAUUGUAGUCAUUGCAGUAGUAAUUUGUAAAGAAUCAUCACAGUUCAGAGAAAGCAUUCAAUUUCUGGAGCAAAAGCCCAUUUGGUAGCGCUCCAAUGUUCAGUUCAGAGAUGAAAAGUGAUUGUUUGUUUGCUGCCA